CGCACUUUCCCAGAUCCAUGUCGCUGGUAUGCAGCUCGUUUGGCAUUUACUCAUACAUCAGCAGUGAUAAGCAUGAUUGGUUUCAUUCUUGGACUUGGCGAUCGACAUGGCGAGAAUUUGCUGAUCGACGUUAACAACGGUGAUGCGAUACACGUGGAUUUCAAUUUGCUUUUCAAUAAGGGGGAAAAUUUGAAUGUCCCAGAGGUUGUGCCAUUUCGACUAACGCGUAAUAUUGUUGCUGGUUUUGGUGCCACUGGUGUCGAAGGUGCUUUUCGCCGUGCAUGCGAAACGACGUUACGCGUACUUCGUGAGCAUGACGAAGCGCUUAAUACUGUUCUUCAGACAUUUGUACAUGAUCCUCUCCUGGAGUGGAUGCAUAGUGAGAGCAGAGCUCAACAGUAUAAACAGCGACAAGGCACCGGUACAAAACUGACACCUCCAGCUGCGCAACAACAGGCCCAAGAAGUCAUUGAUAUGAUUCGCUUGCGUUUAUCUGGUACCAUUUUGUGA